GAAAUUGUUCAGUCAUUACAGGGAAUGACUGACAUGCUUAGUCGAACGUUGUAAUAAUCAAACUGUCACGGUGUUUGCCGGCGAUACGAGGACUGACUAAGUAUUUCAGGGAAUGACGGAUUUCAGCGUUUGAUGCCGACUGAAAAACCAUAAAAAUGGAAUAUUCACAUACAAUUUCAGAGGUACUAAUACUUGAUAACAUUACGAUUGAAGACAAAAUGCAAUUUUUGUUGAAAAAAUUGGUAACAUUGUUUUUUAGAAAUCUGUAUGCACACCAUGAAACAAUAAGAUCAAAAUUAUUUAGAAUACUGCCCCAAAUAGGCAGUGAAAGAAAGGGACAUUCCACCUUAGACCUUAACAAGUUUCUAUGCAAAUGUUUUUAAGAAGGAUAGUAAAACCAUAUUGACCUUGUGUACUCUUAUCGGUGUAAAUACGUAAAUUUAUAAACAUACAUUUUACAUCGAUUGUUUUUCAUAUAUGAGUACCUAGGUACUUACAGACAAGUAGUGGAUGAUUUGCAACUAUUCCAUUUGUUUUUAUAUAUAAAGGCAUACUUAAUUCAAAAUGUUAUCUUGUCAUCGAAUGAAUAUAACGGCAAGAACUGCCUCGGUUUUGAAAAUACAUAUGCAAAUGUUAAGCAAUAAGUGUUUAAGUGCAAAAGCUUAUAUUUUUGAGAAGCAGUUUGUUGGUUUUCCUAAGCCAACAGAUUUUAAGCUUGUUGAGGAAGAAUUGUCGCCUAUUAAAGAUGGAGGUAAGUGCAAUCCUUUUUCGAAACAUAUUAUCCGGUAUUAGAUACGAAGAUAUACCCAAUCAUCAAAUUUUCAAUCUUGAAUUCCUGACUAAAAAAGAAAACGAAAGGAAACCAUUAUCAAAGGUCAUAUUACAAAACAUAUAUACUAUACUAUUGCGUAGAACAUUUUGACACCAUUUUUGAUCGAUCCACGAUAUACCGAUCAUACCGAUAGUAGGGAAGCUCUAUCUGUACGAUCCGAUAUUUAGUAGCUUCGAUACUUUUGCUUUCCAUACUCGAUAUUUUGGAUCGAUAUUUUUACAUACGAUACUUGGGUGUAUCGAUACAUUUCACGAGUAUCGUUAUCUUUCGAUCCGGACUGUGUUAGAAAGAGUGAUUAACUUCAUAUUACUUUUCUCCUUUGUUUCCUUUCGCUUCACGACCUCAAAUAAUUUAUUUUGGAUUCCAGGGUUGCUAUACUAGGGUGUUCUCCCAAAAAUCAGAGGAUUUUUAUUUCAACGGGGAAAAUUUUGUGGAUUUUUGUUUUGAUUUCUUUUGUGGAAACAUAUUUUACUGGGGAGGAUUCAAGAAGUUCUGAAUUUAGAAGAUUUUUACAUUUCGACUUAGGAAACUGAGCUAAACGACACACAGUGGUUUUAGUUUUGAUUGAUUAAAUAUUAUGGUUUAUAACGAAACAUUAUUGUAAUAGUGAUGCCUCCUGUAAGAACUGAUAUGAGGAGCUAUUUUGUAUAAUCCAGUUUAGGUGGGAGAUGAUUAUCGAAAGCAGACAUGAGAAAUUCCCCGUGGGAAAAUACGUAGUUGGAGAGUUUGGUUGGAGGACACAUACAAUUUCAAAUGGAAAACCCAUGCUAAAUGGAGUUCCACAAGCAUGGAUCAUUCCUGAUUUGGGAAAUCUACCAUUAUCCAUUGCUUUGGGAGCAUUGGGAAUGCCAGGGAACACUGCUUAUUUUGGGUUCCUGGAGCUCUGCCAACCCAAACCAGGAGAAACGGUUUUCGUAACAGGUGCAGCGGGUGCCGUAGGUAGUUUGGUAGGUCAGAUCGCCAAAAUAAAAGGCUGUAAGGUCGUGGGAAUAGCUGGGUCAGACGAAAAAGGCAAAUGGUUGACCGACGAGCUUGGAUUCGACCAUUUCAUCAACUAUAAGACGGAUGAUAUUGUUAAGAAGAUAAAGGAAUGUGCGCCAAAUGGUAUUGAUUGCUAUUUCGACAAUGUUGGUGGAGAAAUAAGCAGCAAAAUAUUGUUAAACAUGAACACGUUUGGCAGAAUAUCAGUCUGUGGAGCGAUAUCUGGUUAUAAUGAGACCAGUUCACCAAAAGCAACCAUUGUUCAGUAUCCAGUAACGAUGAACCAGCUCAGAAUGGAAGGUUUCAUAGCCCACAGAUGGUUGGACCGUUGGUUUGAAGGAAUACAACAGAAUAUGAAGUGGAUCGAAGAAGGAAAAUUGAAAUACAGGGAAACUGUCACACACGGCUUUGAAAAUAUGUAUUCUGCUUUUGCUGAUAUGCUCAGAGGGGGGAAUACUGGGAAAGCUAUUGUAAAAGUGUAAGCAAAAAACAUAUUUUUUGUCUACCAGCAUGCGGAGAGUACUCAUUUUAACACGCAUCUGCGUGUAACAGGCAACACCUUUCCGCACGCAUAACUUUUCCGCGCAAAUUUUCAUAAUUCAAAUAACUGUACCUUUACUUUUAAUAUUGUUAGUAACUAUUAUAAAUGAAAUAUUGAUGUUGUCGUUGUUGAUGAUAUGUUGAUUUCACAAUUAUUAAAUUUUUCAUAAAA